AUGUGGAUCCCCGUUCUGGUAAUGUUUGUGUUGCUGAUGGCAGUGUAUUGUGCCUGUGAUGUGCAAAAGCCGAAAAAAUUUCCUCCCGGUCCAGCAUGGUGGCCAAUGUUGGGUAGUGGAUUGGUAGUGGUAAAGAUGGUGCGCUCCCUGAAGUACUUUCAUCUAAUGUGGAUGACACUUUGUCGGCAGUAUGGACAGAUCGUGGGCGUUCGGUUCGGCCAGGAUCGGAUCAUCAUCGUUUCCGGACGGGAAGCGAUCCGGACAAUGUAUUCCAUGGUGCAGUUCGAUGGUCGACCGGAUGGAUUCUUCUUCCGGAUGCGCUCGUUCGGGCAGCGGCUCGGUGUGGCCCUUGCCGACGGUCCGAACUGGGAGGUGCAACGUAAGUUUGCCGUGCGUACGAUGAAGCAGCUCGGCAUGGGACGAAACGAGUUCGUGCGGGUUAUCGAGCGUGAAGUGCAUGAGCUGGUCGAGAACUUCCGCCAGCGUGCGGCCACCGGAGAGGUGUUCCCGAUGAGUAGCUCACUGGACAUUGCCCUGCUGAAUGUAGUGUGGGUGAUGAUGGCCGGCCAGCGGUAUGAGUUCGAAAAUGCACGAUUAAAGUGGCUCGCAGAUACCAUCCAUAAAACGUUCCACGUGAUCGAUAUUUCCGGAGGCACACUGAACCGGUUUCCGUGGCUUCGCCACGUGUGCCCCGAAAGCUCUGGGUAUGGCCCGAUGAUGCGACUGCUAAAACCUUUGUGGGCUUUCCUGGAAGAAACGAUCGAGUUGAUUCGGAGAAAUCCUCACUGCGCCGACCGCCGUGACUGCUUGAUCUCGGCCUUCCUGGUGGAAAUGUCUCGAGCAGAACACCACAGUUCCUUCUCCGAAGCUCAGCUCGUCAGCUUAUGCUUGGAUCUGUUUCAGGCCGGCAUCGAGACGAUCAGCAGUGUGCUCGGGUUUGCCUUUCUGUAUAUGCUCCACAACCCACACGUGAUGCAUAAAGUACAAAAAGAGCUACACUCGGUCGUUGGACCGAAUCGGCUGCCGACAGCGGACGAUCGAUCAUUGCUUCCGUACUGCGAGGCGGUGAUAUUGGAGGUGGAACGCAUUGCUACGGUCGUUCCUUCGGGACUGGUACACCGGGCCAUGAACGAUGUGGAGCUCUGUGGGUAUCACAUUCCGAAGGACUCGAUCGUCCUUCCACUGUUAUACUCGCUGCAGAUGGAUAAGGACUAUUGGACUGAUCCAGACGUGUUCCGACCGGAACGGUUUCUCAGUGAAGGAGGUGAACGGAUAGUGCAGCAUGAUCUUUUCAUUCCGUUUGGUGCAGGACGUAGACGCUGUCUCGGGGAGGCACUAGCAAAACCCGCGAUUUUCCUUUUCUUUACCAGCAUUAUGCACUGCUUUACGAUCGAGUCGUCUGACCACGAGCUUCCUUCGCUAAACCCGAUUGAUGGGAUAACGCUCUCACCGCAGCCGUAUAAUAUCAGAAUCACCGCGAAAAGUUCAACAGAACAUAGAUAUAUUUAUUGA